UGUUUUUUCUUUUUUAGUUAUCAAAUGGUUUACCUCUCAUCUCGUGCUAUCGGCCAAUCUCAUUACACAAAAACAUAUCUUCAAAGUAUUGCUCAAGGAUCUCAAACACUUCCAGAUGGUCCUGUUUUGCUUUCACCAACUUCUGUUUUGAUGGCAUUUAAAAAAGAGGUAAUUGAACGUCGACCAGAAGAAUUUAAAAUUGCUUGUUUAAAUGACUUGAAAUCACUUUUCCCCGUUGAUAGACCUUUUUUUGCUGGAUUUGGAAAUCGUGAAACGGACGUAAAAUCGUAUAAAGCAGUAGAUAUUCCUUUGGAACGAAUUUUAAUUAUUGACCCUUCUGGAAUGCUUCGGCGUGCAGAUAAAAUUGGUUAUGUCUCCGAUUAUGUGAGCAUGGCUAUCGACACUGUUGAUUAUAUUUUCCCUCCAAUUCCAUUUUUGGAGGAUACAAAAUUUUCUGACCCGUCAUUAAUGACUGAAUGCAGCGAGUUUAAUACUUGGCGUUGUAAUCCUCAAAAAUUUGAAUAUUUGGUUGACCAAGAAUUAGAAGCAUAUGAGGAAAGGAGGAAGAAAAAUAAGGCUGAUGAAGAAGAAGCUUUGAAAAAGAGGAAAAGUUUGAGUAAAAAGAAGGGAGGAAAAUAG